AGAAAGAAAGAAAGAAAGAAAGAAAGAAAGAAAGAAAGAAAGAAAGAAAGAAAGAAAGAAAGAAAGAAAGAAAGAAAGAAAGAAAGAAAGAAAGAAAGGAAAUAGCUCAGAUAGAACCACAAAAAUAGCAGUUGGUGAGCAUUUUCAGAGACUCCAAGAGGGAGAGGAGAGACCAGGUGAAGAACAUGAGGCCAGAUCAUUCAGGGCUCAGUGUGCUUACAUCGUGUGCUCAGUGUGCUUGCACCCAACCUGGGUUCAAUCCCCGACACCACUAUAUAUUCCCCCUGAGCACUGCCAGCUGAGCACUGCCAGGCAUGGUCUCCUGAGCACUGAGAAGAGUGGUAAAACAAACAAAUAAUAAUUCCACACUGUGACAUCAGCAAGACUUCUCUCUGAGCAUAGGACAAGCCAUAUACUUAAUAAGUUGAACAUCCCUGUGUUGUUCCUCUUUAGCUUCUUUAGCAUUGUCAUGAGAAGUUUCUUCUGCUAGGAGUUUCCUCCUUCCCUUGUGAAAGUCCUCCCCAGCCAUCUCUGACUUUCCUAGAGUUCCAGAUGCUUCAUAGAUUUUUUUUUUCUUUUUUAACUGGAGGUUACUCAUCUAGACACUUGAUGUUUUGUCUUCCGGCUUUGUUUGUGUUUAUUUUUGUUUUGUUAAUAUUUUUAUUGACUCACUGUGGGAUAGAUCCUUACAAAGCUGUUCAUGAUUAGGUUACAGCCGUACAGUGUUCCAUCCCUCCACCAGUCCAGUGUACAUUUCCCAAUACCAGUGUCACCAGUUCCCUCCCUCACUCUCCUCCCCCCCCCAUUUUGGGUAUUGCGAUUUGCAAUACAGACACUGAAAGGUUAUCAAGAAUAUCCCUCUACCCACUUUUAACACUCAGUUCUUGUCCGGUGUGAUCAUUUCUAGCUAAUAUUGUCCUGAUGUUCCCUGACACCCAUGAAAACCUUCUCCUUUGCUCCCCAGACAGUCUCUUUCCUGCCUUUAGUCCCUUUUUCCCUAAGUCCUGGGAUUGCCGGGGUGGGGGGGAGGUGUUUCUUCUGUGUGAGAGCAAGGCCUCCUGCCCAAAUGCCCAAGCCCUGUGACCCUACACACCCCUUCGAGGUCCUCUUGUUUCCCGGCAGCGACUCUGGCCACCAGGGGCAGUGCAGGAGAGUGAGUGCCUGCACCUACUGCCCCCUAACCCUCUCUCUCUUGCAGGAAUCACGACUGUCCUGACCAUGACCACCAUUAACACACACCUCCGGGAGACGCUGCCCAAAAUCCCCUACGUCAAAGCCAUCGACAUGUACCUCAUGGGCUGCUUUGUCUUCGUGUUCCUGGCGCUCCUGGAGUACGCCUUCGUCAACUACAUCUUCUUCGGAAGAGGCCCUCAGAGGCAGAAGAAGCUGGCGGAGAAGACGGCCAAGGCCAAGAACGACCGUUCCAAGAACGAGACCAACCGGGUGGAUGCUCAUGGGAAUAUUCUGCUGACAUCACUGGAUGUUCACAAUGAAAUGAACGAGGUGGCAGGUGGCGUCGGGGACACCAGGAAUUCAGCAAUAUCCUUUGACAACUCAGGAAUCCAGUACAGGAAACAGAGCAUGCCUCGAGAAGGCCACGCUCGGCACCUGGGGGACAGAGGCAUCCCGCACAAGAAGACCCAGCUUCGAAGGAGGUCUUCGCAGCUCAAAAUCAAGAUCCCUGAUCUAACCGACGUGAACGCCAUAGACAGAUGGUCCCGGAUCGUGUUUCCUUUCACUUUUUCUCUUUUCAACCUAGUUUACUGGCUGUACUAUGUUAACUGAGUGACUGUACUUGAUUUUUCAAAGACUUCAUUUAACACUGAGUGAAAUAUUACUCUGCCUGUCAAGUUUUUAUACCUGUGUACACACAGAGACACACACACGCAGACACACACAUAUAUACAUACGCAAUUGUAUAUAUAUGUGAACUUUCUCAGCAUAUAUAUAAAAUACACGUGUAUAUGAGGAUGUAUGUGUCUAUGUUUAUAUACUCAGGUGUGAGACCUGUGUGUAUGUAAAACAAAUACACAUACAUGCAUACAUUUUGCAGCUAUGGACAAUUUAACACAGGAUGCAUAUUAAAGAGAGUCAUAGUUUUUUUUUUCUUUCCUUUUUUAAUUGAAAGGGACAAGCAUCGUCUAAACAUUAUGCCUUGAGAAUGAGGACGUGAAACACAACAUCAUCCCCAACUGUGUCCUUUGGUUCUCCUGAGCUAGAUGUUUUAGUUGGGAAAAAAAUCAGAAACUCUUAGUUCAUCUUUCAGAUGUACACACAUGGUAUUGUAAGCCUCAAACAGAUCUCAUCCUUCAUCCCUUCAUUUGUUUUACCAAGUGGCGGCAUUCUAGCACAUUUCAGUGAUGGGGUUUGCUUUCACCAGGCAUAUGUUGUUUUCAGGGGGGUUCAUGGAUGAGGUGCAUCCCUAGUGUGCCCUCACCUGUUGUCUUAAAUUUAGAUCGAUUCUAUGUCAGUAUAUGAACUUCCAUCUUUGGGGGGGGACAUCCCUUGGACUGGUUAGCUUCUCAUUGUGAGUACUUUGAUGUACAGCAUAUUUAUUGGUUCACUGGAACUGCCUCCAGCUUACCUGUCGUGUGGGAACAGAAUGCACAUUGGGACGAUGUUGAGUUGACGUUCUCAUCACUGAAGAUAUGCACCCCAUCUUGUAUGGAUUUCUCGGCCCGAUCUCUAAUGGAAAACAUAGUCUGUGCUUCAGGUUCUCUUCCUCCAAGGUCAAACUACGUAGGAUGACUUCCCGCCCCUGUCUUUACAUUACCAAUCAUCCUUACCACCGUGUAUGUUACUAUAAAAUAUAUUUGCAUAAGAUGCAUAUAUAUGUAUAUUUACCAAGAUUUUGUUUCUUAUGCUUGCUCUUAUGGUAGCAUGCAAUGUCAUACUUUUCUCCAUGUGAUGUAAUUACUUUCUGUUACCUAGAACUAAGACUGAAGCGCAAACACUUCUACUGUUCAAUUUUAGAAACCAAGAAACAUCCUCAUGCCUUUCUUUGUGUAGCUGACAUAUGUUGCAAGCACCUCCAGCUCCUCCUAGCUCACGCUGCGGGAACAUGCGUAACCCGCACAUCUCAUCACCCCAGGACCCGUGACCAUGCUCUUGAGGCCAAGGAGAGCAGCCCUACAACCCACACAGUCACUCUGAGUUCCUUCUGGUCCACAGCCUCAUCCGUAUUUGGACUUUUUAAAGCUCGUAGAACAAGGUGCACUGGUUUCAUAGGCGCAACCUUAACUUACUAUUUAGACGAGAUCUUUCUAAAGAAAAAAAAAGAGAUGAUAUAUUUUUUGUAAACAAUAUUUCUAUCACAAGCAUCCAGAGACUGAAAUGACUACAGUUCUACAAACAGGUGUCACGGUGAAGUAAAGCAAAAUAUCACGGAGGAAAAAAAAAGCAAAAUAUUAUUCGGGAAAGAACUGCUAAAUUAAAACUUUAUCCCCAAGAUGCCAAAUACGCCUCACCCUCUCUGUUGGGUCUGCAACCAAUGGUCUACAAAUGGCGGGAGUUUUCUGUCAGCUCUCUAGAGGCACCAUGAGCUCUGCAGCUCGUGGCCAGAGCCAUCGCCCCAAGCUCACCACUACUUGAUUUUCCUUUAUGGUCAUAUAACAACCUUUAAUUUGGGCCGGGGAGAUGGUUUCGAGCAUGGAGCACAUGCUUUGCAUUUGGGAGCUGGCCCAGGUUCUAUCCCCAACUCUGAGAGAUUCCCCUGAGCACCCCAGGAGUGAAGCCCAAGCAUUUUCAGGUGUGCCCACCCCCCAAAAAAAUCCCUUUAAUUUUUGGGAGUUGGUGACAGUUUAAAACCCACCAUCAGGUAAAACAAUUCACAAAGUCUCACUCUAGCAGUGAUGACUAGCUUUGAACCCCCUUCCCCUCCCUAGUAACUUGUUUUAAAUCUCUUUCUCCUAGCCGCCACACUCUGAUUUUAUUCUCUAUGGAGACUAGCCUGCGAUAUCUUGGUCUUUGGCUAUUCUCUGAGCAUUUAUUUUGUGGGUAACCACAGGGGUAUCCUAAAAGUUAAACAGAUUGGGAAAAACCUUGUAAGUGGCCUUAUCAUUGUUAACAUGUUAAAGAAAAAAGACUUUUGUGAAGACCUUAUCCCUUUCAAUGCCUUCAGAUAUCUUUUUCUGUAUUCAGUGAGUCAGGAAGUUAGCUCCCCAUACAAGAUGAGGGACCCCAAAAUGCAAUGACUGUGGACAAAAGCCGUCCAUGGUUAACUUCAAACUACAAUUUCUACUAUUCAGAACUGUGACAUUCUUUCUCUCUGGGAGAAAAGUGGUUCAAAACAUUUUUGAUGCAUAGCUGAGUUACAUAAACAGAGAGCCCCGGUGGCUUGGAAAUGCGACAGUCCACUUCCCAAGGUUUUUCGGAUAUCAAUUUGCAUGGUAUAGUCAUACUAGCUUUUGAGCUUUUUAUAUGCACUUGGCACCAAGACUGGAACCAACACUUUGUAGACAUUGCGAUGAAGUUAACAUAAUAGCUAUACUAUAAAUAGUGUUUGUAACUACACACACACACACACACACACACACAUGCACACGCACACACACAUUCUGUAAAAACAACUUUUUAAGAUCCUUGGGUAUGUAUUUGCUUUACUCCAUUUCAGAAGAAAAUGACUUUUCUUCUAAUGAAGUUAUUUUCUAGCUUUUCCAUUUUUAAACGUCGUGUGGCGUGUUGAGAAGCAGAACUCUGUGCUGGUGACAGGUUAGUCGACUUUGGUUCUCUGUUCUAUUCGAUGCCCUCCCAUUCUUCCAGCAUAGUCACUGAGGCCCUUGAACAAGCUGUACUGAUAACCUUUGAGCCCAGGAUCUAUCAUUGGGAGGUGAUUGAUACCCUUAUCCAGUAAGGAGAGAAAAAUUGGAUUUGGAAGAUAAUCUAUCUCUUUCUCAACAACUGAACAUAAUAAAAAAUUAAUUUUCUGAGCAGUCCUGUCUUUCCGAAAUGCUUCACAAAACAGGGGCAUGAGAGGUACAAAAGAGAUCUGGUUAUGACGGGGUGAUGACCCCUCCUCAGAUAGGUUUGAGAUAAGUCAGGGGCCCCCAUACAUCAAUUACAACAGAGAAAAAUGGAGAAGACUUGAGCAAACUUUUCAAUGAAACAAAUGUUCUUGAUUCCAAACCCCGGGAAUGCAGAGGGGUUCCACUGUCUAUACCAUGAAAUACCCAUUUCCUCUUGAAUCUCCGGCCAACUAGAAAAUCUGCCAUGAUCUUCUUCCUUGUCAGCUUUGAAAACUUUAUGCACAUCUGUGUUUCGAAGAACUCGGAUGUGCUGAGCCAAUCCUGGGCAAGGCACGGCCCUGCUAUCCAGCCUGGGAAUAAACGUCCUCACCAAAGACAGUGUCUCAGAAGUGACGGCCGGCAUGUUGGAGACUGGCCGGAAGGGAAUUAGCCACAUGGCAGUUGUAGGCUCAUUUUCGGCAUCUAGUUGGUGAUCCUAUUGGUAUUGACCCUACCAUGGUGUGUACUAAAUGAAAAAGAGAAAAAAACUACCACAAAUUAAUGUGUCCAACUUGGAAUCUCCUGGCUUGAACAUAUAUAUAUAUAUAUAUAUAUAUAUAUCCCAUCUUCUCAUUCUUGUUCCUUUGACUCUCCACCUGAAAACCCAUUGUAUUUCUGGCCAUUUUGUGCAAGCAAAACUGGACAACUGGUAAUGUGUAGUCUUACUCAAGGAACAGACCCUGGCUCUCGGCAGGCAUGAGUCAUCAGUCAAAGUCACUUUGAAUUGUGGGGGACCAAGAGCCGCCCAGGUGGAUCAAAUUUUCCCAAGACACUAGCUAUUGCGUCUUGGAUUAAUUACCUCUUCUGCUUCAUUGAAAGGUGCCGUGUUUUCCUGAAAUACUCAGUUCCCAGCAUCUAGGAAACAGGGACCUCGAAGAGUGCUCCCCUACCAUUCUCCCCGAGGGCAGUCCACUGCACCCAUUCUCUUCAUCCUUGUCUCUUAGUUUGCUUCACAAGUCAGUGAGUGUGUUCAAGGUAAGUACAGGAUUCUUCAAGUAGGAAUAGGCAGUCGCUGUCAUGAUAAAUUCCCCUGUUGAUUUCAUUUCGUUGUAAAGAUAAAACCCAAUUUUGCUUAAGCACAUUGAUGUAAUUUUUUGGUAUUAUUUGACAUGAAAAAAGCAAAAUUGAGUGAUAGAUAAAAUAUGAAACUUGUUGAUGAAUGAAUUCAAAUUUAUUAAAAAAGAACUAAUUGACUUAAA